AAAUCCCCUCAAAUCACCGAAUCUUCUUUCCUCGACUCCCUCCCUCUCUUUACCUUCGCCUCCAUCCACCGCCGCUCAGCCUCCUUCUCCUCGGGCGAUUGCGCGGUCUGCCUCUCCAAAUUCGAGCCAAAGGACAAGCUCCGCCUCCUCCCUCUGUGCUGCCAUGCCUUCCACUCCGCCUGCAUCGACACCUGGCUCCUCUCCAACCAGACCUGCCCUCUCUGCCGCUCCCCGCUUCACGCCUCCGAUUCCGACAUCCUCAAGGCUCUCUCCUCCUCUUCCGUCUCCGGCAGCUUUCGCCUCAAGAUCGGCUUCGUCAGUCGGUGCCAGGGGGACGACGUCGCCCACCAAUACUUCAGCACUCCCCAGUCGGCGCAUUCCUCGGUCUCUACUACGGCCGUCGUUGGCGAUGGAGAAAGCAGUAGUAUCAGUUUCGAAGAUUUCCAUUUCCCAUCUGAUCUGGUGCGUUUCAUUCUCUGUUAUAGUAAGGGAUUCUAA